GCUAGCUCGGCGCGACGUGGACUCAACUCGUCCAUACUAAGCCGCUGGUGGCCAAAUGACGAACAGGAAUUGAUCACAAAGUUGCGUGCCAGCGAUGCAUAGCUCCUAACGACUCGAACGCGUAUCGUGGCCGCGGGUCAUACUGAGAGCAACACUGCUGCCAGCUGCAUCAUGCGCGCGUGGUGCCUCCUAGCAGCGCUGCCGCUGGCCCACGCUCUGGCGGCCCUCAAGACGCAGAAGACCGCGUCCUACGAGGACACGUGGCAGGCGACGUGGCGCUCGCCCAAGUUCUGGGACGCGUUCGCGCAGAGCACGCCGGACCUCGCGCGGCCCGAGCUCGAGCGCUUCCGCGGCCUCUGCACCAAUUUAAGAGAGCGGGACAACGUCGGCCGUCUGACGCGCGAGACCAACGGCCAGACCAUCGACGAGCAGUACCGCUUCCCCGGCGUGUCGGGGGGCCGGCGCGCCAACGGCGCGAACCUCGCGGGCACGCCCCGCAUGGAGUGGUUCGAUGACGGCGGCCUGCGCGAGGCCGCCGCGGCGGCCUGCGGGGAAUUGGAAGCGGCCCUCUCCACGGAAGCGCCGCUGGCGGCGGAUCAUGGAGAGGGAUUCGCCGAGGAGCGGAAAGCGGGCGCGUCGGCGUGGAACCGCAUGUCCUGGAAGGGGUCGCAGUACCUGCCGCUGCGGUCGGCAUCAAAUGCUUGGACGGAAACUACAAAAGCGCUGCGCCGGCACGCCGUGCCGGCGGCCCAUAGAUUUUGCGGCAUCUCGCGCCAGGCCGCGGGCUGCCGCGGCAAGGUCCACUCGGACCACCACAACUUUGUCUUGUCGACGCUGACGCCACUGCGCGGCUGUACGAAGGCGACGGGCAUCGUCUUGGACGGCGUGGAGACGCCGUUGAUUGAUGGUGACGGUGGAGACCCGGGCGCGACGGUCUUGGUGGAUAACACGUUCGACCACCAGGUGUACAAUGAUUUGACGGAAUCUGCAGAAGACCGCUACGUGUUGAUCGUCGAGACGUGGCACCCGGCCCUCACACUGUAUGAGAGGCGGGCCAUGUCGGACCUUUUUGCGCUGCGGGACUUGUUUGGAUUGUUGGAGCACAAGCGCGCGCCCUUCGGCGUGUCCGACGCCGCGGCGGCGUCGUUGCUGGAAUCCGGCGGGGGCGUCCGCCUCGACGACUGGAGGCUUCUCUAGUUCGCAUUGUUCGCUUCCGACGACGCCGCUACACUGGCGCCUGCUAGGCGAUCGCUCGCACCGUUCGUUUCCGACGACGCCGCUCGCACAGAGCGCUCCGUUGCCGAUGACGUCCCGUUCGUUUCGAGACCGCUGCUCAGAGUAAAUCCAGCGA